AUGGAUUUAUUUAAAAAAAAAAACAAAAAAAAUUAACAAUUAUUAGAAACUGAAGAAAAAUAAGAAAAUAUUUAAGAAUAAAAUGAAACAAAUACAUAUACUGGUGAUUUAAUUAAUAAUUUAAAACAUGGAAUAGGAAAACUAUUUAAUGAAAAAGGAGUACUUAUUUACGAAGGAGAAUUCGAAAAUGAUUAAAUAAAUGGAGAAGGAAUUUAAUACUAUCCAUGUGGAAGUGUUAAAUAUAAAGGAAAAUUCGUUUAGGGAGAACUUGAUGGAUUUGGAGAAUUUUAUUAUGAAAACAAUAGUAUUUGCUAUUAAGGGGAUUUUAAAAAUGGAUUGUUUGACGGAUAAGGAAAAAAAUUUACUAAUAAGGGAGUUCUUUUACUAGAAGGUGAAUUUAAAGGUGGAAAAAAACAUGGAUUCUUAAAAAAAUUUAACUCAGAAAGUGGUUAUUUAGAAUUCGAAGGAUAAUAUAUUAAUAAUAAAAGAUCAGGAAAAGGAACUGAGUAUUAUGAGAAUGGAAGAGUGGCUUUUGAAGGAGUCUUUUAAAAAGGAAGAAAAAGAGGGUUGGGACAUAUUUAUGAUGAAAAUGGAAAUUUUUUAAGAGAAGAACAUUUUGAGGAUGAAUAUUGA